GGAAGAGGCAGCGCUGCUUACACAUGCAGCGGCAGCAGCAAGAGCCGUGGCAGCAGCAGCAGCAGCAGCAGUAGCAGCACAAGCAGCAGCAGAAACAACAGCGGGACCGGAAGCCAUUUGAAGCAGCAGCAGGAGCAAAAGGCGAGAGCAACAUCUGCAGCAGCGAGAGCGCGUUCAGCAGCAGCAGUAGCAGCAGCUGACCAAACGAAGUCUGCUUCCGCAGCAGCUGCAGCAGCAGCUACAGCAACAACAGCAGCAGCAGCAACAGCAGCAGCAGCAGCAGCAACAGCAGCAGCCGCAGCAGCAGCAGCAGCAAGUAUAGCUGCUGCAUCAUUUGAAUCUGUGCUGCGGCCUUCAUAG